AUGCGAGAGCUCACCGGGGAAAAACGACUUCCGCGGGAUGGGGUCGAGCAAGCAGGUGUGAACGAGGACCUGGGACUGAUGCAAGAAUUCGCUGACGCCUACCCGAAGCACCUGCGGGGGAGCGACAACGACCUACCAGAGGACCUGGCGAUCGUGGUCAACGCGCUGACCCAUUUUUAUCCGGCUGACGGGGACGAGGUGAUUCACUGGACCUCCUACGGGGAUGCCGCAGAACCCGAGUGGUUCUGGAAGGGUCCUGCCCGAGGAACAUCUCGAACGCUGCCGGACGGGGAGACGGUGCCACACCUGGACCGCAGCUUGAUUCAAAAAUUCCUCGCGGCCUACCCCAAACAUCUCUGGGAGCACGCUCGCUGGGACUCGAAUUAUACCACUUUAGAGAACCGACCGCAGAUUCCCUUCGGUGGCUGGCCCGAACCCUGGAAGAACCGGCUGCGGAUGGUGCAGCUGCCCUUCCUGGACCGUUUAUUGUGA